AUGCCAAUAUCAAACAAAUCAUUAUCAGCUGCUGAGGAAGAAAGGAAAUUGGAAGAGGAAAGAAGACAACAAGCCUUGAAGACACUUGCACAAUUUAGACCAGAAGUGUUAAAGAAUAAAUUUGAUGUUAACGGAAGAAUAUAUCCUUUAGUUACUGCUGAAGAUUUAAUACAGAAAGAAGACAAGUAUUUGUGUUCUUAUUGUUUUCUUCAUGCCCCACAUACUCCUUGUGGACCACAAUUAGGAAAAUAUAAAGAAUGUUUAAAUGAAAAGAAAGACGGAAAAUCACCAUCGGAAGCCAUGUCAGAAUCACCUGAAAAUGAUCCUUGUAAACCAAUAUUUGAAAAUACAUUCUAUCCAUGUCUUGUUCAAUUGAGUGGAUCACCAUAUUUAUAUUUGAGAGCAAAUUCUGUUUUUGCUUUAGGUACACGUGAUUUAUUUAAGGUUUGGUUUGAUAUUCAAAAAUAUCAAGCAAUGAACAAGAUUAAGAAUUAA